ACUCAGUCCUAUCUCAGCUACUCUUCAUACCUAGGAGAUCACUGCCAUGGGGAAGAAUAUCCUGCUCCUUCUGCUGGGCCUCUCAUUUGUGAUAGGCUUCCUGCAAGCUCUGAGAUGUUUGGAGUGCGAUAUGUUAAACUCGGAUGGAAUUUGUGAGAAAGGAAACUCCACCUGUGAGGCUAAAGAGGACCAGGAAUGUGGCAUACUGGUAGUUUCUCAAGGUGUUGAUAUCCUCUUUGGGAUGCAAGAUUGUUCUUCUCACUGCUUAAAUAAGACUUUCCACCAUUAUAAUCUAACACUGGAUUUUACAUGUUGCCACGACCAAUCACUCUGCAAUGAGUUUUAGAGGCCAGGCUACUUCUUGCUCAAUUCUGCUGCAGUGCUGUUCCUUGAAUCCUGGCAAUGGAGCAUGUCAGCGAGCAUUCUACUAUUGACUUGUCUUGAAGCCGAUACCUUGUCUUUCCAUCGUAUGGCUUAGAUGUCUUUUGUAGUCUACAUUUAACUUACUCCAUUGUAUUUGAUGCUCUUGCAUUCAUUGUAUACCUUUAAAGUUUUUCAUCAAUCCUUCAGAGUUGUCUAGAUUACUUUCUAUUACAUAAUAUUUGCAUUUAUUUAUUUUGUGUGUCUUUCUAUAUUGUCAUUCCAUGACACAUGUUGAAGUCCAAGAUGAACCUUUAUGACUCAGUACCAUUUUUCUACCAUGUUAGUUCUGUAGGUUGAACUCAGUAGUCAGACUUAGUGGUAUUCAUACAAGUGGUGGUGGGGGGGUGUCAAUGGGUACAGUUAUUUGUCACUAAGCCUGGUGAUCUGAUUUCAGUUCCUCAGACCCACAUGGUAGAAGGAGUAAACGGAUCUAUUCAUGUUUUUCUCUGACCUCCAUGUAAAGAACAUUGCAGGAUGUGUAUACACCCCCCCACUCACCAUUGAAACAGACAGAUACACAAUUAAUGUAGUAAAAAAAUACAACUACAGCAUUCUUUAUCCCUCGCCACAUUCCUUCCUCUACCCUACCCUUCCAUUCUCCUCCUCAUUUAACUUGUAUUCUAAUUUUCCUCCUGGAAUAUCCUUUUCCCAUGACGCUUUACUAAUUUCUUGAUAGUUGUAGGUAUUCCAAGCAGACUAAACAUGUCUGAAGAAUCAAAGCUCACCCCCCAAUGAGAGAAAAUAAAUACCAAGGAAAUAAAAAUGCCAUUCAUAAAUGGGUAACUGCAAUGAAUAGUUUUCAAAAGUGAUGAGGAGGAGGAAGAGGAAAAGAGGAGGAGGAGGAGAAUAAAAAAGGAAGAUAAGGAGGAGGAGGAAAGAAAAAAAGAAAUGGAAAUGGCUAGUAAUUAUUUUUUAAAGUGCUCCAGACUAGGUGGCAGUGAUAAAUUUCACUAGGAAUGGGAAAUAGAAUAGAUAGUUUUUAAUGAACAAGAAGAUGUACUUCUAGAAUGUGAAGAUCAAAUUAGGAGGGGGAAGUCAGAGUUGGCAAGGGAGGGAAUACUGGGAGAGAUAGCUAAACUAAGGGCCCUCUGAGAGGUCACGUGGAAACCUGUUAUAGUAGAAAUUUCCUAUAAUAUAUACAUAUAUGGAAGUGAGCUACAUGAAAUUGCCAAAUACUGGGGGAGACAGCUUCAAGUGGACAUCUCUCAUCACCAAAUAAAGCUUCCAGUACUGGGAGUAGGUUAUACAAUUGCGUUGUUAGACAAAGGGCUCCAAUGGUGUGGUGAUCUUAAUGAAAAUGGUCCCUAUAGGCUCAUAUGGAGUGGCACUUUUAGGAGGUGUGCAGUUGUUAGAGUAGUUAUGGCCUUGUUGGAGAAAGCAUGUCACUGGGGAUGGGCUGUGAGGUUUCAAAUGCUUAAGGCAGUCCCAGAAUCACUCUUUCUUCCUGCUGUCUGCCAAUCCGAAUGUAGGACCACUGCCUUCUCUGGCAUCAUAUCUACCUUUACACUGCCAUGCUUCCCACCAUGAUGAUACUGGAUUAAACUUCUGAAUCUGUUUAGGUAGGAGCU